AUGUUCCCAUUGAGACUUAAUGCAGAGGUAGACAGUGAGUCUCCAGAGGAGAUGGAUUUAUUGUCACAAAAGAAGAGGAAAGAGAUCCAUGUGGGCAAAACUACGGAUAUCUUGUACAGGUUUGAUGUAGUUAUUAACAGUGUAAGUGAAGAAAUUAUUUGGAUUCAGGAGUUGUCUUUUACCUUUCACAUGGAGAUGUCAGGCAGCACGGCUCUCCUCCUCGUGCUGUGCGUGCAGCACUCCUUCCCGGAGCCCAGCAGGUUGUAUCUUGACCUCAUCCUGGCCAUCCUGGCCCUGGAACUCAUCUGUUCCCUGACGUGUCUGCUCGUUUACACAGUGAAAAUUCGAAAAUUUAAUAAAGCCAAACCACAGCCUGAUGUACUUGAAGAAGAAAAAAUCUAUGCUUACCCCAGCAAUAUUACCUCGGAGACUGGAUUCAGGACUAUUUCAAGCCUAGAAGACAUCGUUGAAAAGCAAGGAGACAUAAUCGCCUACCUGAAGCGACACAAUGCCCUGCUGAGUAAGCGCUUGUUGACUUUCACUUCCUCUGACCUCGACUCUCCGCCUAGUCGCGCGUGAGAGGCUCAAGGUCAGGACAGCAGUUGCAGAGGAAUGCAGAGGAAUCUAAGACUGACUGGACGACCUGACAAGCUGUCCUCGGGAAUGGCAGUUUUGGCCAGAUAACAUUUGACAGUUUUUGUUGGAAGCCUGAAUUUCGCUCUCACCUGUGUGGCUGUUUAGUAGGUGGGACUUGUGGGUCACUUGAAAGGUACUUCGUAGAGCCCGGAUAACUCGAGGAAAACACGUGUGUUUGCACAUUU